AUGGAUAAGUUUCCCCAGAAUGUCAUUUUGAGCGGUGUGAGUAUGAUAUCGUCCACUAAUCACGGAGGUAUCAUAGAGCACGAGACACUUGAUUCAGUGAAAAUAGGAUACUUUGAAAACUCCAAUUUACCUCUUGAGAUUCAAGAAACAAGAUGCAAAAGACUCAUUAACAAGCACAAUGAAUGCGUGUAUGAUGACAAUGUCAAGCUCACCAGAUGGCGCAAGUUGGUAUACAAUGCUACGCUCAAUUCGGUAUGUACUUUAACUGGGGUAGAUGUUGGUCGACUCGAGCUUUGGGGUGCGAACGAUACUAUCACCAGGAAAGCUAUGAGAGAGGUGUUGGAGAUUGCCAAGUCCAAUGGAGUUGAAGUUCCAGAAAGUACUAUUGAAGAAAUGCUUGGUCAGAUGGGGUUUAUUACUCACCAUAUGUUAGUUGAUAUCAGGAAGGGUAACUACAUUGAGGUGGAGGUUAUACUCGGAAAUGCAGUCAGAACCGCUAUGAGAAAUGGUGUUGUAUGUCCCAUUUUGACAUUGAUAUACAACCUUCUUCGUGUGGUCCAAAUGCGUACCAAAGAGGCGAAAGGAGCUAUUACUGUUCCCCCUUAG